AGUUGUGAUCGUCAGUGGAGCAGUUCGGUUCGGUACGGCGCAACUGCCUUUGUUUCGUUGAUUCGUUGAUCUACGGCCAAAUCAGCGCAAGAUCGAGCAUCGCGCGUUUUUAUUAAAUAAACGCAACUGAGUGUAAGACACUGCGAUUAAAUUACAUGCGGCGUUAAAUUAACGACAUAAUAUUUAUUUGAUUUAUUGCCCCGAAUUGCAUUACGUAUAAUCAGACGAGCAUUCCCAGUGUGCGACGCGCCGCGCCGAGCUGAGUGAGUUUGAUUGCCGCUCAAGUGCUUUUGGUUUGAGAAAUUGCUGCAUUCAUCAAGCGACUGUCAGCAGCCACAACAGUAAUUAUCCAACCGCACGGGCAAUUUGACUUCUUGGAGCGCCACGUCGUUGGACAUUAAUCCCAGAAUGGCUGACAAUGAAAACCGCAAUCACAGGCACAGUUACAAUGUCACCGAACAGCACAGCGAUGAUGAAUCGUCCAAUAAUCAUAACAGCAGUCCCAACAACAAUCCAACAGACACCAUAAUAAUCGCACUGCAUAAUGGGCUGAGUAACGGUAAUGGCAUUGGGAAUUCGAAUGUCGAUAUAAAUGGCAGCGCUGUGACCGGCAACGGCAGCGGCAACGGUGCGGCCAAAUUGUCAGCGCGCACUUACGAGCCACGCGAGCGGCAUAUCAUCACGAAGAACGUCAUUGUUAUUGGUCUAGCGUUUAUGAUACAGUUUACGGCGUUCCACGGCACUUCGAAUCUGCAGAGCUCGGUGAAUUCGGACAAGGCGCUGGGCACCACGACGCUCGCCGUCAUUUAUGGCUCGCUGAUUAUAUCCAAUAUCUUUCUACCCAUGACAGUUAUAAGAUGGUUUGGCUGUCAUCUCACCAUGGCUUUGUCCUUCUUCGCCUAUAUGCCCUUUAUUGCCGCGCAGUUUUAUCCACGCUUCGAGACGCUUAUACCCGCAGGUUUGAUGGUCGGCUUUGGCGGUGGACCUUUGUGGUGUUCAAAGUGCACUUACCUCUCAACAGUCGCCGAGGCUCUGACUAAAGUGCGUGGCAAUGAAUCGCGCAAAGACGUGAAUACCGUCAAAUUCUUUGGACUCUUCUUCAUAUUCUACCAAAUGGCACAGGUUUGGGGGAAUUUGAUAUCUUCUGCAGUAUUAUCUUUCGGCUCUUCUGCCGUUGUGGAGUUGAAUGCCACACUCGAAGUGCUCGCUACGCCUCCACCCUCGGAAGGUCAUGUGGGUGAGAUCUGUGGCGCGCGUUUCUGUCCCGGCAUUGGCGCUGAGGAGAAUCCGAAUUUGACACCACCCGAACCCGCCAAAAUCCAACUGCUCACCUCUAUCUUCCUCAUUUGCAUGGCCAUAGCUGUGGUGUUGAUGCUCUUCGGUGUCAACUCGCUGAAACGUUAUGGCGUUCGUCGCAACGACUCUGGUGACGGCAUGUCGGGGCUGCGUCUGCUUACUGUGACCUUAAAUUUAUUGCGCAAGCGUCGCCAACUACUAAUUUUACCCAUCACAAUUUUCAUUGGCUUGGAGGAAGCCUUCUUGGCCGUGGAUUAUACACGCUCCUUUGUCGCCUGCGGUUGGGGCAUUUCGAAAAUUGGUUUCGCCAUGAUUUGCUUUGGUGUUGCCAACGCCAUCGCUGCGGGCAUUGCUGGCGCUCUGGUCGAGAAACUGGGCCGCAUAACGCUGUUCGUCGGUUGUGCGCUGCUGAAUGCCUCGCUCUUCAUCUAUAUGUUUUUCUAUGAAGCGCGCGAGGGCGAUUAUGUCAUGUAUUGCGCAUUCGCGGCGAUUUGGGGCAUUUGCGAUGGUGUGUGGUUAGUCGUGGUGAACGCUUUUUAUGGCAUUCUCUUUCCGAACCAUCUCAUCGCUGGCUACAGCAACUUCCGCUUGUGGGAAUCGAGUGGUUCUGUUAUUGGCUACAUAAUCAGUUCACAGUUAUGUACUUCUACAAAGUUGGUGAUACUGCUCUGUGUGCUCGGCAUCGGAAGUGCAGGUUAUGGCAUCACCGAGUAUCGCCUACGCAGAAAGCAAAAAGCUCUGGAGCUUAUGCUAAGUGAUUGAAAAGCAACUUACGUGUUGAUUUAUGAAUGUGUAUUUGUAUUUUAGUGCUAAGGAAAAACGAUUUUGUUGAACAUUUUUAGAAUAAAGAUUUUAGAAAUAAAA